AUGUCUGAUGCUGAGAUCAAUUUUCCUCCACCAGGUUUUGAAGAAGUGGUGUAUCUGGAGUGCAAACGCAACCAUGCAGCAUCCCUGAACCGUGUUGUCCAUGAUGGAUGCCAAGAAUUUCUCAAAGCAAGUGUUGAAAGCAACACCAAAGAGGCUAUGUUAUGUGUUGUUUGUGGGUGUCAUCAGAACUUUCAUCUCCAAUAUACUAUGUACACCCCUAAAGCCAAAGGCCAAACAAGGAACACUCGGAAUAUAGUAAGUUCACUUGUAGGCCCAUCUGAGUCUCGUGUGCAAUUAAGGGCGAGUGCCGAAAAUAACCCUAACAAGGAGAUGAUAACGAUUCUGUCAAAGCUAAAGAGGAAGAAGAGAACGGUUUUCACUGUGAACUUGAGGAAUCAAAUGACAGAAUUUGCUAACAGGAUAGGGUGGACACCAAAAGGAAUUAAAAGGGAGGAAAUUGAACAUUUUUGCUUCAAGAUUGGAAUCAGUCACAAAACAUUCUUAGUGUGGCUGAACAAUCAUCGUCCUCGAGCGAUGAAGAAGAAUACAGAGGUAAUGAAUUGA